AUGCGUCCUCCGCUGAAGGUCCUUAUCAACGGUGGCGGCAUCGCAGGCAAUGCCGUGGCCUUCUGGCUUUCGAGACUUGGUCAUCACGUCACGGUCGUCGAACGCUUUCCCAGCCUGCGUGUCACAGGCUUGCAGCUAGACCUGCGCGGCCACGGCAUCGAUGUCAUUAAGCAAAUGGGCCUCGAACAGGCCAUCCGCAACAAGUCUGCCCCAGAGGAAGGCAUGCAGGUGGUCGACAGCUCAGGCAAACGGCGGGCGUAUUUUCCGGUCAACAAAUCUGGCAAGGGGAAACAAAGCCUGACCACCGAGUUCGAGAUUGUCAGAGGCGACUUAUGCCGUGUCUUGUACGAUGCAGCUCUUGAGAGCAAGGUGAAGCCCGAAUAUAUUUUCGGCACGGGCCCCCAAAGCCUUGUGCAAAAAGGAGAAGUGGUUGAGGUUCUUUUUGAGAACGGCCAAACGGACGAAUUCGACCUGGUGGUCGGUGCAGACGGUCAGUGGUCGCGUACACGCAGACUGAUGCACAAGUCUGAAACAAAUGCCUCUUCCGACAGUAUUCACAUUAUCCCGGAUCUCUACUUCGCGUAUUACACAAUGCGACGGCCUAUGGAGAAUGGGGAACAGUACGCAGCAACUUCAUACAUGGCGCCGGGGAAAAGAGGAAUCAUGACACGCAGACACAGUCCAGGUGAUCUACAGGUCAUGUUGUCGUGUAGAAACAGUUCAGCACAAAUGAGGAAUGCCCGUCGUGGUAGUGUCAGUGAGGAGAAGGCAGCCUUGGCGGAUAUCUUCCGCAAUGCAGGUUGGAUAUCAGAAGAUCUCGUCAAGGGCAUGAUGGAAGCAGACGACUUCUACUGCGAGCGGCCCGGUGUUGUGAAACAAGAAUCAUGGUCGCAGGGCCAUAUCACGCUGGUCGGAGACGCUGCCUACUGCCCAACCAUUCUCACGGGUAUGGGCACCACGGCUGCAAUGGUUGGCGCUUAUAUACUGGCUGGCGAGAUUGCAAGACAUGCGACUGACAACAAAGAUGCUGGCAGCCUCAGGGUUGCACUUACGAACUACGAACUGAAAUUUCGACCCUAUAUGGACAAAAUCCAGGAUGGUGUCGUGGAAAAAGCCACGUAUCAGUACACAAUGCCGGAUUCACCACUCGCAAUCUCCAUAAUGAAUUGGGGACUUGGCCUCGCCUCCUAUUUCAAUCUCAAUAUCGCUGAGAUUUGGGGUAUAAAAGAGGUUGUCAAGGGAUGGCAGCUCCCAGAGUACGAGGAGCUGCCAGGGAUAUCGUGA